AUCUCACAAGUGAUGAAUUAUUACAUAAUUUCAUCAGCCGGGUGCUCCAAUAAUCGGAGAUGGUCUUCGAAUAAUUUCCAAUUGUUGAAGUUAAAAUUAUUCGUCGCGAAAAUACGUCUAGGUAAAUUUAAAACUUGAAAUGCAUUUUUUUAUUUUGACCUUGCAAAUUAGAAUUUUUUGAUAAGCUGAUUGAUCUUGAAACUAUUUCCUAAAAUCAAUAUGAUUAAAAACGAGGCCAAGUAUGGUAAUGUGCGUUGUAAUUAUCCUGUUUUUCAACAUUACGUAAAAUCAAAAAGUAAACAUAAUUUAUAUUGGCGAUUAAAAAUACUUUAUUAACCUAAACAACAGACGAUUUCCAUUUCAUUGUGGUUUGAUUUGAAGAAAUGUCUGAGAAACGGGAAGAAACAUUAAUAAUUGUGGGGAUAAGUGGAGUAACAUGUGGGGGGAAAACAACAACUGCCCACAAAUUACGUAGUUUUUUACCUAACUGUAAAAUUAUUACCCAAGAUGAUUAUUAUUUCGAUAAUGAUAAUCCAAGACACAAAUGGAUUCAAGAAUUAAAUCAUGUUAACUAUGAUAUUCUCACAAGUUUAGAUAUGGAUAAGAUGCACAAAGAUGUUUUAAAUAUUUUAAAUAAUGAAAAGUUGGUUAGGAUAAAUCACAACUGUAAGAAAAUUGUAGAAGACAUCAACUUCCACGAUAUUUCUAACAGUUUAAGAACUGCUAAAUUAAAGGUCUUACUUAUUGAAGGUUUUAGCAUUUUUAACUAUGAGCCACUAGUGCCUUUAUUUGAUCUGAAAUAUUACUUCACUUUAACAAAAGAAGAGUGUUUAAAGAGACGAGAAGUACGAGUGUAUGAUCCUCCAGAUGUUCCUGGUUACUUUGAACUGUGUGCAUGGCCAGAACAUCUUUCACAAUUAAAAGAAGUUAGGACAAAAGUUGAUAAUGUUGAUUAUUUUUGUGGAACUAAUGAUUUAGAUGAGGUUGCCAAACAUAUAAUGAGGGAUAUUUUUACUUUGUAUAAUAGCAUGUAGUAAAAAGUAAAAUUAGUAUUUUUUUUUAAACACAGUUGUCAUUCUGGGGAAUUAGAGUUAAAUAUUUUGAUAUUAAUUGCCGCGUUUGAGAAUCCACAUCGGAUGCAUUUUUUACAUCUCGAGCGUUUUUUUAUCCACAUCGGACACAUCUGUCCCAUUACAUUUACGUA